AUGAAUAAAAUUCUAAGAGGAUUUUCAACUGUAAAAUCAUUGAAAUACAUCAAAGAUAAACAACCUAUUUUAAAGAUUAGCGAAUUACCUUCUGGAAUAAAAAUAUUUACUGAAUAAACUGCUUUUCCAUUUGCUUCUGAUAUUGGAAUUUGUUUCAAGGCUGGAUUAAGAAAUGAGCUACCUUCAGAAACUGGCUCACUAUUCAGUCUUAACUAACAUAUGUAUCAUAUUUCUGAAAAUGAUUGUUUGGAAAAUUUGUAAUUUUAUAAGCUAUUUAGUGAGUAAACCCUUCGAACAGGCUGCAUGCUAGAUUAAACAUACGAUUCAGAAUUAUCAUAUUGGAAGUGCUAAUUUAUAUAGGAAGAUUUUGAUAUGAUUGUAGAUGUCUUAUUAAAGCUUGCUUUGACGACCAAGAGAAUUGCAAAAGAAACUAGAGAUUAAUUUAGCUAAAUGAAUAUUCCUUAAGAAAGAGUAUUAUAUAACAAAUAUUUAGAUGACUGUAGAUGAAGUUAUGAAAAGGGCUGCAUUUGGUACACAUCCAUUAGCAAAUGCUAAAACAUCUGCAUAAAUAUUGCCAAAAUAAGAGGACUUUUCAAGAUUUUAAGAAUAAAUGCUUACUAGUUAAAAUAUGAUUAUUGGUUAUGCUGGAGUUUGGAGUCAUGAAUAAUUUAGAGAAUACAUUGAAAAAAAAUUAGUAAAUCAUCAAUAAUGUAAGAAUUUCAAAAAAUCAUAUAGUUUUCUAAAGGUAAUUAAGGAAACAAACAUCUCCAGAGUUCAUUUCCCAAGUCUUUGCCCUAAAUGAUGACAAAAAUGAUACUCUUGAUAUUGCAUUAUUAUUUAAAGGAAGUAAAUGGAGUGACAAGAAUAUGCCUACUCAACAUAUUUUAAAUUAAAUUUUAGGAUCUUCAAGUAUUUGUAGUAUUUUAUAGGUUCCUGGUCAACUGGUGGUCCUGGUAAAGGAAUGAGAUCAAGAACAACUCUUAAUUUAAUGCAAUCAAUAUAAUCUGUGGAAGAGGCAGCAGGAGUUUCUUAAGUGUUUUCAGAUGCUGGAAUAUUUGGGUUAAGAGUUCAAGGAUCUCCUAGUUCUAAAUAGGAAUUAUACGAAUCUUUAAUUUAUGAAUUCAGAUAAUUGGGGUAACCAAUGAGUGAUGAGGAAUUUUAGAGAGGAAAAAACAUAGCCAUCACAUUAAUUAAUUUGAAUUUGGAGAGACAAGCAGAUCGUUUAGAGGAAUAAAUAAAAACAGUAUAUCAAUCAAAUUAUGCAAGACAUUCCUUAUGGGAUAAAAUGCUGUGCCACUUUAUGAGAGUUUGAUCGAAAAUGUUACUAAAGAAUAAUUAUAAGAUUAUGUCAAAAAUUUUAUAAACAAUUCUGAACCAACUCUUUUGUACUAUGGUAAAAAUGUAAAGGAUAUUCCAACAAUGUAAUAAAUUAAAAGAAAUUUGAGAAAAUGA